AUGCAUCUCCACCUUAGGGUUCCGGUACAGCGUAGAGCGGAGGAGAAGCCGGCAUAUCAGGGGACGAUUGCUUCACGUAAUAACUUAUUUUAUAGGGCUUCAAAAGUCAACCAACCCCAGAUGGAUGGGGAAAAGAAGACUGGAUCAGAGAAGGAGUCACAAGACAUGGAUCACGAUCAAGGACACCAUGACUCCAGCGUAGAUAGUUUGGGUUUAUUGGCCAACAAUAUAAAUAAAAUUAUGAAUGAUAUUGAGUCCAUGUCAAACACACUCAAAGGUCUGGACACUAGUGCACACACUAUUGAAGAGCAUUUCAAAAGAUAUGGUCUACUGCCAGAGCCAAAGCCAGAGCCAGAGCCAGAGCCAGAGCCAAAGCCAAAGCCAAAGCCAGAAGUUGAAAUAGGCCCAAAGGAUUUUCUACCAUCUUUCCCUGAGAAGUUUGAUGGUCUACAAGGUUUUUGUAAAUGGAUAGAGAGAGUAGAAAGCAAUUUCCGGAGUUUUCCGUUGUCAGGGGUUGACAAAGCUGAACUUGUAUUCAACACAUUGCCACAGGAAGGAGAGGUUUUUAGAUGGUGGCAAGGUAUCCAAAAUUUAAGCAAGCAAGUCGAUAAUCGCAAGUUUACUUGGGAUGAGAUGAAGUUGCUGUUUAUGGCUGAAUUCGUUUCUCCACAAUGUUUGGUACCCAACAAGAAAUCCAAAACAUCCUUGUAAUGCUUUCAAAUUUACCAUGGAACAU